AUGGCAGCUGCUGCGUCGCGCGCCGGCGACACCCGACGCCCGUCCGACGCGUCGCCCGACGCUGCACCGCAGCCUUCACACACAGCUCGUCCUUUGGCUCCGCAUGCGCCACGCGAUACGCCGUCCGCGUCGGCGCUGCGCGCGUCCGAAGCGCCGUACCGCGCGCGCGUGCGGACUGUCCGGAUAACCACCCGCGUGCAUCCGGAUAUGCUCGUGCCCUACCUCUACACCGACCGACCGGACCGCUGCAGUAUCAAUGCCAUUGGAAGUGACACUGCGUGUACGAUUGACUACUGCGCGCUGUCGCCCUCGGAGCUCGCGCAGGUGCCGCCGUCGCAGGGCUUUGGCAUGAACUUUUUGGUCGCUGGUCAUUCCCGUGCAACGCUCGAGGCAGCGGCGGGCCGUCUGCAGGCGCUGGUCGAGACGGUGGAGGCGUAUUUGUUGCAAAAGACAAGUGGACGGAGCCGAGCGGGAGGACGCGCAGCACAGAGCGAGUUCCGAUCGAGUCGCGUGGACGCAGAAGGUGCAGCGCACGAGCACGAGGACGGAGAGCGGAAGCGGAUGGAGACAGACGGACGGACGGUGCGGGAUCGGCACUGGGCCGAGUGGACCGCAGACGAGUGCGCGUAUAGCGCCGACGCGGCUUGGGCGUCGGCAACGUACCAGGUGCGAGGUCAUGGCGAUGGAUGGAGACCGUGGAAACGGAGACAGGGGGAGAUGAUAGAGGACAAGGAAGAGUGGAGCGUGAGGAGGAGGAGGAGGGGGGUGCAGGCGUGUGGGAGACGCAGCUCGGACGUGGAUGCAGCUGCAGGGGAAGGUGCUUUUGUACCGCAUCGAGGCGGCCAGAUGCGACCGCCCAGUGAGACUCGUCGUCGCGUGCGGCGGACGUUGGAUGCUGUGCAAUGGGUACCGAGGCAACACUCGCGCGGGAUGCGUAGUGGCGAUGCAGGGUAUGCAGCGUACGCUGUUGCUUCCUCUGUUGCUGAAAACGAACCGUCCCAUCGGAUGCUCCACCACCAGCAGAACCACUAUCUGUACCAAGGAUCACCGAAGCAGUUUGCACAAGCCGAGUUUAGUCCGUAUGGGGACGAUAGACUGGAAAGUGACGAUGGUGCAGAUGUUCCCGAAUAUGAAGAGACAGCUGAUUCUGCGAAUGCAACCGUGCGAUACAACGACGGUGCGGCUUUCUUUACGGAUCAGCAUCGAUCCAUGUACCGGUCGCAUCCUUGCCGAAGUCUGAAGCGUCCGCUGAGCAAAGUGCAACGGAAUGGAACUGUCACACCACCCAGCGUUUACCGGAAACGGAUUCCAUACAUGUAUGACUAUCGGUAUGACGACGAAGAAGAUGAAUGGAUGACAGAGGAGGAGGAGGAAGUGGGUGGUGACUACGGGAUUGCUCCGCAGUUUCGUUCCUUGGAUUCACCUGUCGUGCAUCAGCGACCACACUUUGAUAGUAGAAGCCCAGGACAAUGGGGAAGCCCUGUUGUACGUGCGCCCCACCAGUUGCAUAAACGGCGUCGGAUUCCGCCAGACAGAUAUUUUGCAGAUGAAAGGAUGAAUAAUGAUUACAGGUAUAACAGGCAUAGUCACGAGCGUACGUUUUCCCCGGUUUUGAACGAUCGGAUGGGACAGCUACACAAAGUUGCAGCUAACGUCGGCGGUAGCACUUUUCCUGAUCGUUUGGACAAUUUGGAAAAAAUGGCGGCUGAAGAAGAAUCCACGGCGUCAAGCUCGAUUGCAGCUCAUACUAAUGAUGACGUCCUGACGUCUACAACUUGUGCGACCGAACCCGCUUACGACAUGCUUGCUGACUCUUCCGUCGAUAACGAACCACUCAGUUCGACCGGAGAAUUGCCGCUGGAGCAGCGAGAUCCAUGCGAGAACGCAGAGGCAUUGCAAGUUACAAGCGACAACACUGCUGCAGAUGAGCCACACAGCGUAUGCACGUCUCAAAUGGAGACGGUGCCGCUGGAAAGUGCCGAAAGGACGGAGGAUGCGGCUGCGGUUGCAUUGCCACAGAACACGAUUGCACUUGCAAGCCGUUCGGGCCCUGUCUCGAACGAGACUGAUCGGAGUGCGCCAGGUAGUGACGUUUCUGUCUCGAAUGAGACUGGUCCCAGUACGCCAUGUGAUGACGUCUCUGUCUCGAACAAGACUGGUCUUAGUGCGCCGGAUUGUGACGUCUCUGACUCGAAUGAGACUGGUCCCAGUGCGCCGGAUUGUGACAUUUCCGUCUCGAACGAGACUGACCUGAGUGCGCCAUGUGGUGACGUGCUUGCUGCACAGCGUGAGAACAGCCAAGCAAAUAUUAGUGACCUCAGCAAUCCGCUUGGAAAUGGUGCAAUUAUGCAAGCACCAGUGUUUGUCGAAUCUACCGUGGACCAGCAGUGCACGUUAAACGAAGGCAGACCCACGCAGCCGACAAGUGAGCGACCUGCUACCGACGCUAUAUGCAUGAACGACUAUGCCAUUGAAUCAUUGAAGCGACUUAGCCGAGCGGAAGCUGAUUUCGCAAUUGCGGAGAGAUCGCUGUUGACACAGGAAGCCAAGUUGCGUCAAGCGGAAAACAGAAGCAAUCGAUAUUGGAGGCUGAAAGCAUUGUGUGAUACGGUUUGCUAUCUACAGUGCCAAGUUAGUUCUUGUUCACGUGGUACGGAUGCAUCGCACAACCAAGAUUUGCUGGACAAGCUCGAAAGUUUUCUCGAAAGUGCCGUGACACAAAAGGAGCAGACGCUGCAUGACAAAGUUGUCGCGCUGCAAGGUGAAGUCGAUCGCAUUCUUGCUGUCCGCACACGUGUUGACAAGGAUCAAGUCAUCGAAGACCAGGCAAAAGCGGUUAAGCGGGACGGUGCUCUGGGCAACCCUACUUCGUCGACACCUUCGACUGAGAAGCAAUGUGUCAAUGGUGAUGAUGCGCAAGGCACGGCAUGGGAGGACAGUGAUUGGCCAGACGAAGAUGUGCCGUGUGAUGUGUCGAGUGAAACAGAGGCUUGUGCGGCACAAACCGUUUCUGAGAAAAGCGGUCCGAAAAUUGGAGGCAGUCUCGUUCCCGUGAAACUGGAAAGAGGGAUGUCACCUUCUUGGCCUCGCGAGCUGCCUCCAUUUGUUCGAUCUAUGUUGUCCAGAGUGAUUUUUGCAGAUCCUCAAUCGUACGUUAUGAGGGCGGCACACGAGCGAUUGCUGGAUGAAAUUGCGAAGGGAGAUCCGUACUACUAUUUGCAACCUAAAGUCGUGCAUAAGAACGACGAAGCGUGUUUGCCGUUGCAUUCCUCAGUCUCGCCGGUUUGUGAGUUUGGGUGCCGAGGCUCGUCAGCUCUGAAGUGGAAGCAAAAACUGGUGUCUCAGAUUAGCGCGCGCAUGAAGUCGUUCGAUGACGUGGCAUAUUCGCUGGCUCGUAGCAGUGGAGGCAACGGAGUGCUGAACCGCAAGAAGGUGAACUCGAUAAUCCGCAAAUUGCAUUUCGUUGCUGUGCAGUUGCAUUCACUAGUGUCACAUCUGUAUUGCGUAAAGAGCUUAGCAGUGUGCAAAGAGGUGGACUCGCUGCCGACGGCACUGAACAAUUCUCAUUUUGAGCGCAAGAUGGGUGUGUACAAGUCGAGGUUGAAGCUUGCGCUUCCACACACAUAUCGGCAGCACUCUCGGCAGCAGCAGCACGAUAGAAAGGGUUCAAACGCAAUGGAUGAGCUCUUGCUAGACACGUACGAGUUUUUACCUGAGCUGCUCCUUUGCGUUGAUAUUUGGGGCUACAACUAUCGUGAAAGCGUCGCCAAGCGGCAUGACUGCAAGAACGUACGCGAAGAGGAGCUUGUUGGCUCCGAGACGGUUUCGAUGGGUGCGAUGUUCCCGCUUGGUUAUUUCCGCGAAGUAGAAAAUUUGGCGCUCGACUUCAAGCACGACGGCAAUGGUCUGCUUCGUUCCGUUUGCGACGAGCUGCUCAAUAUCGUGUGUUUGUGGAACGACUUUAAGUGGACUGAUGAUUUCGACUCCGUGACACUGGAUCGAGUGAUGUCAUUUGAGUCGGAUGUGACUUCUAGCAUUGUCAAGAUCUUUGAUGUCUAUGGCCAUCACCUGCAGGCGCUUUGGUCCUUGAGUCUACUGGACCAGCCUGAACAGCUGUUGACUGUUAAUUUCACGCAGCCGAAUGCGUAUUAUAGUGACCGUAGCCGAGGAAGUUUGACUGCAUCUGCCGGCUUGCAGUCACGAGCAGCUGGGUUGUCGACAAAUUCGAGUCAAGAUAUACAUGGCGACUUGACAAUUGUGGAUCAAGUCGUGGCAACCGAGAUCAUGGAGCAACGCCUUGCUGAGGACUACUGGAAUCAGAAGGUCACCGCGUUAUCGCUUCACAGCCCUGGCAAUGGUGUGAUGGAAGUGGAUAUUGACUCGACGUCGUUUGAGUUACUGGAUGCUGACACCAUUCGUUCCUGGGACCAUGAUACUAGGGUGUCGCAUUCACUGCGGCCUAGCGACGCGUACGCUGUUCGCAGUGAAAUGAAGGCGCUCUCAGCUGUCACUAGCUACAUGAUGAGGAGCGAAGUGCACGACAUUGGGCUCUCAAAUGGUGAUGGCAGUGGCGCGACUAGUGACGAUGGCGUGGACCAGGCACUGGUCGACGCGUCGUCAAGGCAGCUUCUUGCCGCUGUAAGCCGUGCUCAAAUGGUUACGCGGGAUGCGCUGAUCGGCUCCGAGAAGCUUGCUUUGCAUUCUGCAUCGACUCAGCUCGCCGACGAGGGACAACGCGCUGAUCUCUGCGCAAGCGAAACCGAUCGGGUAGGACACAAGGAGAGUUCUGUGCCUGUGCGCGAUGUGCCGUCUCGCCAGGCUUUGACGGAUCGAAACAAACGCGCAGUAAACUCGGAACGUGCUGGUUUGGAAAGCGAGGUCCACGAUGGGCACACUGCUUUAGAAGAUUCGGGUAGACAUGACGGAGAUGACGCGAACGCAGACACUACGCUUGCUGCAGAACAACCUGAGUUGCAGGAUCUGGUCCGGUUAUUGGCUCUUACGAAACAAAGUAUGCAGGACCUUUGCAGCCGAAGACCUCGGUCUGCUCGAAUGCGUGAGAAGGUCCAGACGCAGUCGCUCCAGCUCGCAUACCAAGCAGUUGAGAUUUUUCGAAACAUGACAAACAUGUACGCGUCCCAGCGGCGAUAA